CUGAUUUGGUGGUUAAACUAGUUAAUCCGUUAUUAAUCAAUAAGAGGACGUGAAUGCUAAACAUAUACGUUUAUACUAUUUACCGAAAGUUUUUACAAUUAAUUUAAAACAAUGUCUGUUCUAAGAAUUGAUACAAAUGUUUCACAUGUGGACAUUGAUGAUGAAUUUUUAGUGCUGUGUACAGAAGCUCUUGCUAAAACUUUCCAAAAACCAAAAUCUGAUAUUUUAGUAUUUGUUAAUGGAGACCAACCCAUUAUUAUUGCUGGUUCUACAGAACCAGCAGUAAUUGUAUCAUUACUCAGCGUAGAUGGAAUAAAUGCAAAUAUUAACAAACUCCACUCUGCAGCAUUGUUUCCAUUGUUUACAAAAUAUCUAAAAAUUAAUGAAAAUAGAAUUACAAUUGCAUUCAGUCCAAUUGAGCCUCAUGCCAUGGGACACAAUGGAAAAAUGAUAACUCAAUAAAACUUUAUUAUUUAUAUUGUAUAAAUUAUUGAUUUAAAAUGCCACUAUUGGAAAUUGGUGUAUUGUUGGUAUUUAGAAGGCAAUUUAUUAUGACAAAAUAAUAUAUAUAUAUAUAUAUAUAUAUAUAAAAUAU